GAUGUCUGCGCCUAGGCUGCACUGUUUGAUGGUUUUAAGUUCAGCUGUUGAAGGAGUUUCAGCCCAUUCUUUCAUUCAGGCAUACACUCUUGCAAGCUCAAAUUUCUCCAUUCAGCUGGCCUCACCUCAUGGUAAGAAUAUAGAAUAUGUUCAGCAAGAUGACAACAACAGAAGAUGGUUCAAUGAGUUUCGUAGCAAAUCUUCAUCUACUCCAAUAGCCUUUGAAACUGUUGAUUCUGCUAGGUACUCUGCCUUGUUGAUUCCAUCUUCACCAGGAGCUGUGCAUGAUCUGGCAAAUAACACAGAACUCUCACAGAUCAUCACUCAUUUCAUCAAAGAAAAAAAGCCAAUAUGUGCAAUUGGAAUGGGGGUUGCAGCCCUUUGUUGUGCAAGGUCACCUGACAGCAAACAAUGGGGUUUCCAGGACUAUAGUCUGACAGGGCCCUCUGUGUUUGAACUGGCCAGAAAUCAAGAUUUUGCAUCACUUCCUGUUAUUGUCGAAGACUUCAUCAAAGAUUACGGGGGGAAAUACAAUAACAGUGACAUGGAUGCAGUUCAUGUGAUCAUAGACAGACAUUUAAUAACAGGACAAAAUGCACAGUCUACAUUAAUGGCAGUACAGAACUUAACUUUAAUGUGUGCCCAAAAUAAACAUGCAGUAACAGCCAGCAGGGAUAUGAGGUGAAUACUGUAUCCUCUUUCUCCAGCGUAAAGUACAGAACUUGAACUUAAUUGUUAUUAAAAUUCAUAAAAAGGAGGACAACUUAAUUCCACCGUUUUAAGGAAAAAACAUCACAAUAUACUCCUAUAGGUGUUAAUGAUUAUGCAUUAAUAAAUGCAUUUACAUAAUUACACAAAACAUCAGUACAGAAGGCAAGGAGAAAACUACCAAAACACUCCAGGUGAAUUAUAUGUGGAAACAAU